AGUAGAUGUAACACAAAAUGUAAUGGCUGCAUGCUCCUUUAAUAUGAUGUUUACUUAUGUCUACGCUGGAUGGGAAGGAACAGCCAAUGACUCUCGAGUGCUUCUUGAUGCAAUUAGAAAAGACGAUAACUUUCCCAUGCCACCACCAGGUAAAUACUAUGUUGUUGAUUCUGGCUAUCCAAAUAUGCCUGGGUUUCUAGCACCAUAUCGUGGUGAACGUUAUCACUUGCGUCGCUUUAGAGGAAGAGGGAACCAUCCUAGAGGUGCGAUGGAGUUAUUCAAUUAUAGGCACUCAUCAUUGCGCAAUGUGAUUGAACGUUGUUUUGGACUUCUUAAAGCCAGGUUUCCCAUUUUGAAGUCAAUGCCUCCAUACUUGCUUGGAAAGCAACGUCGAAUACCAAUAGCAUGUUGCACUAUCCACAACUGGAUCAAAAUGCAUUCUAUUAAUGAUAGAAUGUUUGAACAAUAUUCAGUUGAUGCUACACCUGUUGAAGAUAUUGAAGGAACUGAAAGCCAAUCUAAUACAACAAUAGAAAACCAACAAGAAGGAGAUGAAGCAGGAAUUUCUGAGGCACCACAGAUUAAUUUCAGUCAAGCUUAUAUGGCUCAGAUGGAAAAUGUUAGAGAUGACAUUGCUGGACAAAUGUGGCUUAGUUAUAACAAUAAUGUUUAGUUAAUUAAAAAUAUGUAACUUUAAUUUAGAAAAAAAAUUAAAAUUAACGACAAUGCAAUAUUGUUAUG